GACAAAGCCGGCACUUUGCAGGCCGGGAUCCUGGCAGCACACCAGCUGUGGCAGCGGGGAGGAGCACUGAGGACAGCCGGGCGGGGAAAGCACCGGCAGCACGGCCCGGCCUGCAGCGCGGCGCGGCCCUCCAUCAUGGCAGCGGCGGGCGGCAGCGGGGCCAGAUCCUGCUUCGUGCUGGGGGCCUCAGGGGCGACGGGGCGGGCGCUGCUGAGGGAGCUGCAGGCACGGCGGCUCUUCGCCAGGGUGACGGUGAUCGGGCGGCGCCGCCUGAGACUGGCCGAGGAGAGCGGCACGGCCGUGGAGCAGGUGGUGGUGGACUUUGAGCGGCUGAGCGAGCACGCCACCGCCUUCCGGGGCCACGACGUGGGCUUCUGCUGCCUGGGCACCACCCGGAGCAAGGCGGGCGCUGAUGGCUUCGUCCGCGUGGACCGGGACUACGUGGUGCAGGCAGCAGAGCUGGCACGGGCAGGGGGCUGCAAACACUUCGUCCUGCAGUCCUCGCAGGGCGCCAACGAGCACAGCCGCUUCCUCUACCUGCAGGUGAAGGGAGAAGUGGAGAAGCUGGUCCAGGCUGUUGGCUUUGAUCACUGCACCAUUCUCCGGCCAGCGGUGCUGCUGUGCGCGCGCCAGGAGUUCCGCCCCAUGGAGUGGAUCGCCCAGCACGUUCUGGGAGUCGUGGCCUGGCUCUUCCCCACCGCUUACUCGGUGCCCGUGGAAACAGUGGCGAGGGCAAUGGUGGCCAGCGUGCUGCAGCCGGGCAGGGGGAAGGUGGAGGUGCUGGAGAACAAGGCCAUCCAUCAGCUGGGAAAGGCAGAGCCACAGCUGGGCACAUAGGGCAAAACGGGUGGGCAAGAAGUGCUUGGCUCACCUUCCAGGUUCUCUUCUGAGCCAAGAAUGAGUGCGUGGGAGAGCAGUGGGGCAUUUGCGUGGGUGUCGGGGAGCCAGACGUGUGCUCCUUCAUGAGGCAGCCCAUUCUGCCAAACGCUGGUGGGUGAGGAGAAACGGUGCUCUGCUUCCUGAACCUGGGACGCAAAGCUGGGUAAGAGUUGUAUAACUCAAACACUUCUCUGAACUGAGGCCUCGAAUAAAAUCCUGUGACUGGUC